GCGCAAGAGUUAAGCUGAUGUUGCUAGGUGUGGUUCUGUGUAUAAAUACUUACAGCUGAAACUUUUCUUCUACUCGCUGGCUGUGUGUGCAUUCGGUCUUGGUGUCAACAUGUCCUUCAUCAGUGCUUUUCUCGAGCAGCUUGCCUAUCAGGGCAUGCAAGAAAACACAAACACAGUACAAGACAUCACAGAGGGGCAGGGGACAGUGAAGCCCUUUGCUCAGUUUAAUGCGGCUGCAGAUGCAGGUGUCCUGGACAAAGCUAUCAAGGCAAAAGGUGUGGAUGAGCCCACAAUCAUCAGUACACUGGUCCACAGAAGCAAUGCCCAGCGCCAGCAAAUUAAGGCUGCUUACCAGCAAGCGACUGGCAAGCCUCUAGAUGUAGCCCUGAAAGCUGCCCUUAAUGGUGAGCUGGAAGAUGUGGUUCUGAGCCUGUUGAUGCCUCCUGCUCAGUAUGAUGCCUCUCUGCUCAAAAAUGCCAUGAAGGGUUUGGGCACAGAUGAAGAGACGCUUGUCGAGAUUCUGGCCUCUAGGACCAAUAAAGAGAUCCGAGAGAUUAAACAAGUUUUCAAACAAGAUUAUAAAAAGGAUCUAGAGGCGGCGAUCAAGUCUGAGACAAGUGGAGACUUCAGGAAUGCCCUACUUGCUCUCUGCAAGGCUGUCAGAAGUGAAGACAAGGUUGUGCAAGAUGACCUUGCUGACAAAGAUGCCAGGGCCUUGUAUGAGGCAGGAGAGAAAAGAAAAGGCACAGACUGCGCUGUGUUCAUUGACAUCCUCACUACACGGAACGCUCCUCAGCUGAGGAAAAUUUUUCAGCAGUACGCCAAGUACAGUAAAGUGGAUGUUGCAAAAGCCCUUGAUCUGGAGUUGAAGGGUGAUAUUGAGACCUGCUUGACUGCUGUUGUAAAAUGUGCUGGAAACAAAUCUGCAUUCUUUGCUGAUAAACUGAAUAAAGCAAUGAAGGGCUCUGGUUACAAAGGCAAUAUCUUGACCAGAAUAUUGGUGAGCCGCUCUGAGAUUGACUUGGCCAAAAUCAAGCAAGAGUAUCAGAAUAAGUUUGGCAAGAGUCUCUACCAGGACAUCCAGGAUGACACCAAAGGAGAUUAUGAGGCGAUCCUGCUAGCCUUGUGUGGCAAUUAAUUGGUGCCAACAAUGAAUGUGUACAAAUGAAGACCCACCAGCUAUCAAUAUAUGAAUUAUACACCCCAUACAGUAUAACAACCAUAUUGGAUUAAAAAAUGUUUUUGAGAAAUAAAAACUUUUCUUAAUGUA